CGGAGCUGAACUGUGACCAGAAGCUCAGCCAGAACUCACCGUUAACUGUCUCCUAGCUGAGCUUAGUCGACCUGACGUUGUUUACUCUGCGUAGAGAGGAGACGUGUGGAGAAAUGCGGACACAAACACUGGCCUGAAAAUAACACACAACCAUGCACUUGUCGUUAGUUUGCCUCGCCAAGCCGGUGCUUUACGGAUACUUCAGAAGCUCGUGUUCCUGGAGGGUUCGCAUUGCUUUUGCUCUUAAAGGCAUCGAAUAUGACCAGGUUCCAGUCAAUCUGAUCAAAGACGGAGGCCAGCAGCACACAGAGCUGUUCGGAGCAGUAAACCCCAUGAAGCAAGUACCUGCAGUGAAAAUUGAUGGCGUCACCCUUUGUCAGUCGCUGGCAGUGAUCCAGUACAUCGAGGAGACCAGACCGGGACCUCGUCUUCUUCCAGCAGACCCAAAGACACGCGCCAAGGUUCGGAUGAUCAGCGACCUCAUCGCCUCGGGGAUACAGCCCGUGCAGAACUUGUCUGUGCUCCAGAAGCUCGGAGAAGACAAGGCGCAGUGGGCUCAGCACUUCAUUGAUCGUGGUUUUCAAGCUCUGGAGCCAAUUCUAAAGGAAACAGCUGGAAAAUACUGUGUAGGUGACGAGAUUUCCAUGGCAGACUGCUGUUUGGUCCCACAAGUCUACAACGCAGAGAGGUUCAAAGUGGACCUCGAACAGUUUCCAACUAUCAAAAGGUUAAAUCAAACCUUACUGGAGAUGGAAGCUUUCAAAGUGAGCCAUCCAUCUCGCCAACCUGAUACACCUCCUGACCUGCAGGCGUAAAGACAGCAGCUCCACAGCCUUACACACAGUCAUGCUUUGUUAAAUAAAAUGCUUUGAAAGUGA